CCUUUACAACCAUCUUUUCCCAACCUUAUUUGAAGUCGCAUUUAAAGAAGUGUGUAUAUUUGUAGCUUGAAAUUAGCGGGGGUUUGUACAGUGGCUGAAAUGAUUCAGCCUGCUGUGAAUUUAUUUGAUUAAGGCGCAUGUAGUGGAGUCAAGGGAGGGUUUGGAGUUUUAUUGUGGAGAAACUCAGUGUACGAGGCGUUCCUGUUAUCAGUCUGGACGUGGACUUUCUGUUUUGUGUGCGCAUAUUACAUGGAGGCCUGUGCAAGAGUGUUGCAAUUAGUGCAGCUGACAGCCAGUGGAAGGCCGCGGCUGGAGUCUGGGGAGGUGGAAUGCCAGCUCCUUGAUGGAAUCGACUUGGAAGAGGAUUCAGGAAAGUGGGCUUUGAAGUCAGGAAUUCUAAGCUUGACCACGCAUCGAUUGCUGUGGCUUGACGAGAGAUUGAUGAAAGCAUCGGCAGUGCCUUUGGGAUCUAUUGGGCAAGUGUAUGCUUCAAAAAAGAGUCUGAAGAGUAUGUUCUCAACGCCUCGAUUGAAGUUUCAAGUCUGGACUCAAAAGGAUGGACGAGUGUCAUCGCAGGGACAAGAUGGGGCCGCGGGUUCUAUUGUACUCUCGAUCCUGUUUAAGGGAAGGACAGGGCCGGAUUCAUUUGUUCAGCGAUUCGGAGAAGUUGUGAAAGCUCAGGCCUGGAAGGUGAAUAUGGCUCCUCAAAUCCGGUCCUCAUUGGACGAGUCUGUUCCAGCUGGGGAGGCAGGCCCCAGCUCUGGUACAGCAAAUAUUCCUAGGAGACCACCUCCUACGAAAAUUAAUCCAGCAAUGGCAGGAGUAUCGGGCAUUCUCCGAAAGGAACAAGAGCAACAAGAAGAAGUUGACAAGAACAUGAAAGAGGCCUUCCAAGACUUAAAUGGUCUUAUGAGUAAAGCAAAGGAGAUGGUACAAUUGGCUGAGAAAAUGAGGGCGAGGCUUCUGCAAGGUCAAUCGGCAGGAACAGAUGAGGAGGGUAUGGGUACUAAGCAAGAGAUGCAAGACUGGAUGCUUAGUGUAGGAAUUGCUUCUCCGGUGACCAAAGAAUCGGCAGGGGCACUUUAUCAUCAGCAGUUGUCUCGCCAGCUAGCUGAUUUUGUGAAGGAUCCUGUGCAACGAGCAGGAGGCAUGCUUGCCUUGAUAGAUGCCUAUUGUUUAUUUAAUCGAGCUCGUGGUACAGAGCUUAUAUCUCCGGAGGAUCUGCUAACAGCUUGUACAGUGUGGGCUACUAUAGACGUACCUUUCAGGUUACGCAAGUUUGACAGUGGAGUGAUGGUCAUUCAGUCUGUGAGUCAGAGUGACGAGGAGGUUUUCAUGAGACUGACUGCAUUAGUAAAAAGUGGAGAAGCCGCAAAAAUGGGCAUAGGUGCAACUGAAGCAGCUCGCGCUUUGGGAAUGGCUCCUGCUCUUGCGAAAGAACAACUUCUAGCAGCUGAGAGUCGAGGGAUUCUUUGUCGAGAUGAUGGUGCUGAUGGCUUGCGUUUCUUCCACAAUUUCUUCAUGGAUAUAUCCAUUACAACCCUGCAAGAAGGCAGCUGAGUGAAAUCAGCUCUUCUCAUGACAUCGAUUCAAGAUUCUUAUGUUUUUUCUCCUGUGCCGUUGUGUGCAUCUGCAAUGCACGGAACGGAAGGUAUGCAACGAGAUCGGUUGCUGAGUUUUCCACAAAGUGACAUAAUAUAUGAUGGUAUUUGUAUUA